GAACGAAACUAUUCCUGAUAUUUAUAUCAAAGGAAAAGGUUGGUUCUGUUCAAAAUUUCGAGACCCUUCUUCCUCAGUACCCUUCCUUUACGCUAUUUCCCUUUCUCCAGAGAACAUGAUGCAGAGCCGCGGCGGCGACAGCGGCGAAGUAAUCAACAAACAGGUGAUUCUAAAGGACUAUGUCACCGGAGGAUCCGCGAAAGAGUCGGAUCUGGAAGUAAUCUCCACCAGAACCAUCAAUUUGAAGCUCCCCGAAGGCUCCGAUGGAGUUCUCCUCAAAAAUCUGUACCUCUCCUGCGAUCCAUAUAUGCAUGCCUGCAUGAACAAGAUUGAGAAUCCGUCGAUUGAUUUUGUUUCGUUCAGUCCUGGUUUGCCUAUUAGGGGAUUUGGAGUUGGGAAGGUUGUGGAUUCUGGUCAUCCGAAGUUUGGGAAAGGCGAUUUCGUGUGGGGGAGCACGGGGUGGGAAGAGUAUUCUGUGCUUUCAAGAUUGGAAUCUGAUAAUCUAUUUAAAAUUGAUCAUACGGAUGUUCCUCUGUCUUAUUACACAGGGAUUCUUGGUGUGACUGGGAUGACUGCUUAUGCUGGUUUCUUUGAGAUUUGUUGUCCUAAGAAAGGAGAAUAUGUGUUCGUCUCUGCUGCUUCUGGGGCUGUUGGCCAAGUUGUUGGCCAGGUUGCCAAGUUUAUGGGGUGUCAUGUGGUUGGCUGUGCUGGUAGCAAAGAGAAGAUUGACUUGCUGAAGAACAAACUUGGGUUCCAUGAGGUUUUCAACUACAAAGAAGAGCCAGACUUGGAAGCCACUCUGAGAAGAUGUUUCUCCGAAGGAAUAGACAUUUACUUUGACAAUGUUGGAGGGAAGAUGUUGGAUGCUGUUAGAAUGGUUUGGCUUGAAUGUAUUUAAGCAUUUUUGAAAGACAUGUUCCAAAUUAGUAUUAUCAUGGAAGAUAGUUUAUUUCUACGUGGAAUUGAAAGACAAAUGAAUGUAAGAUAAAGAUUAUGUUGUUACCUA